CUUGUCCCUGUUCCUUCCCAGGAUGUCAUGGCUUACAACAAGUUCAAUGUGUUUCACUGGCACAUUGUGGAUGACCCAUCCUUCCCCUAUGAGAGCUCCACGUUCCCAGAGCUCAGCAAGCAGGGAGCUUUCAAUGCCAUGACCCACGUGUACACAGCCAGUGACGUUCGCAGUGUGAUUGAGCACGCCCGGCUGCGCGGCAUCAGAGUCAUCGCCGAGUUCGACACCCCUGGCCACACCCUCUCCUGGGGACCAGGUGCUCCAGGCCUCCUGACUCCCUGCUAUAUGGGCAAGGUUCCUUCUGGAGUCUAUGGGCCCAUCAACCCCAUUGUUAACAGCACCUACAAGUUUGUGACCCGUUUGUUCCAAGAGGUCAGCACUGUGUUCCCAGACUUCUUUCUCCACCUUGGUGGCGAUGAGGUAGAUUUCACAUGCUGGCAAUCCAAUCCAGAAAUCCGUGCUUUCAUGAAGGAGAAGGGCUUUGGUGAAGAUUACAAAAAAUUAGAAUCCUUCUACAUCCAGAGGCUUCUGGACAUCGUCUCUUCCCUUGGCAAAGGUUAUAUUGUGUGGCAGGAGGUGUUUGACAACGACGUGAAGCUGAGGCCUGACACCAUCAUCCACGUGUGGAAGGACAACAACCUGCAGUACCUGAAAGAGAUGGCCAAUGUCACCAAGUCUGGCUACCAGGCUCUGCUCUCUGCACCCUGGUACCUCAACCGCAUCUCCUACGGGCAGGACUGGAUAGAAGCCUAUAAAGUGGAGCCCUUGAACUUUGAAGGCAGUGCUGAGCAGAAGGCCCUGGUGAUGGGUGGUGAGGCCUGCAUGUGGGGUGAAUAUGUGGAUGUCACCAACCUGACCCCCAGGCUUUGGCCGAGAGCUGGGGCUGUAGCUGAGAGACUCUGGAGCAAUGCGACUGUCAGGGACGUGGAAGACGCGUACGCCCGGCUGGCCGAGUUCCGCUGCACCCUGCUCAGGCGUGGUGUCCAGGCCCAGCCUCUCUACGUCGGAUACUGUGACCAUGAAUUUGGUGGGGUUUGAAAGGAGAGCCCCACUGCCCUCGGUCUCUGUGCACACAGGAGGAAUAUCCCUCCCUCAAAAAAGGGCAGAGGGAUCCCUUCCCACCCCACCUUCUGCUCUGGUUUCAUUGCAAUCAACGUUUCUUUUGCCUUGGCAUGCACUCGUUGACUCUUUUUCUAUUUUCAUUUCUUUAAAUCUAUAAAUAAAACCCCAAAGAGGAAAAAGGUGCCUAUUCCUGCUCAUCUGGGCCUUGGGACACUGUGCAAGGGUUAGCAGGAGAUGGGUAGGGCGUGCUCCAGAGAUACUGCUCAGCUAGAUAAACUGUGCUUUAGCCUCUGCUGCUGUCCCAGGAUUUCCUUCUGCAGUCAUGUUGUGCUGUAGGGUGCUGUCCUUGUCCCUCCUCUCUCCUCUGAUGAUCAGGCCUGCAAGCUACCACCUCUGCUGCCCUAAAACCUGGCUGCUGCUACCUUCUCUGGCCUCUCCUCAGCAGAUGACACCCUGGAGCCUCUUUGAGGAGCCCUUGCAAAUCUGCUGAGUGGCGCAUGGAUAUUACAAAAUCUCUGCUCAGCUCUUCAGGCUGUCACCUCUGCCUGGGGAUUUGGCCAACUGACCCGUCCUCCUCCUGCUCUGCUAUUCUCAGGGUGAGGAGCUCAGGUCCAGGUCUCCUCCAUCCAGACAGAGAUGUUGGUUUCGAUGGUGUUUUCCUUGGAGAAGAAAACAGUGGUGCUGCUGUCCUGUAGAACUGGGACAGGUCCUUCAAUGGUUGGGAUUUCUGUGCUGGAAACAGCAUUCAGCUGAAAGCAGGGAAUCUCACAAGAAAUCCUGGCUGGCUGGGACUGUUGUAUGUGUGUCUUGGUCUUAAGUGAAUGAGAUGCACUGUUGUGGCUGGAAACCUUUUAUGACUGAACUUUAAAUUAA